AUGGAUGUUCGCAUCGUCGAGGUCGGUCCGCGCGACGGGCUGCAGAACAUCUCGACCCUGGUCCCCACGGCCGUGAAAUUGGAGCUGAUUGCGCGCCUGCACGCCGCCGGCUUGAAGAUUAUUGAGCUCACGUCGUGCGUAUCGCCCAAGUCCAUUCCUCAGCUUGCCGACCACGACAAGAUUCUCAGCGACGGUGCGGUACAAGCCCUGCUUGGACGACAACAGAAUCACGACGACUUGCAGCUCCCAGUGUUGGUGCCUAAUCGCAAAGGGCUGGAGACGGCGAGAAAGUAUGGCGUUUGCGAGGUUGCCGUGUUUGUGAGCGCGACUGAAGGCUUUAGCCGGGCCAACAUUCAUUGCAGUGUGGAAGAAGGGAUAGGCCGGGCCAAGGAGGUAGCCGAUUUGUGCAUACCGGCGGGAAUCAAGGUUAGAGGUUAUGUUUCUUGCAUCUUUGCAGACCCAUUCGAUGGAAAGACCUCCGAGGCAGCCGUUCUGGAAGUCGUAGAAAGACUUUUGGAUAUGGGAUGCUACGAGGUCAGUCUCGGCGAUACGCUUGGAGUCGGCGUUCCGGGAGAUGUAAGGAGAUUACUCGGUUAUCUGUUUGCCAACGGGGUUCCAGCCGGAAAGCUCGCUGGUCAUUUCCACGACACCUACGGCCAGGCUCUGGGAAAUGUCUGGGAGGCAUUUCAGCAGGGCCUGAGGACAUUUGACAGUAGUGUCGCCGGCCUUGGUGGAUGUCCAUUUGCCCCCGGCGCUCAGGGCAAUCUGGCCACCGAGGACCUGGUGUACAUGUUUGAGGAGUCUGGCGUGAGCACCGGCGUGGACCUGAUCAAGCUAGCCGAGACUGGUCACUGGAUAUCACAGAAACUUUCAAGACGCCACGACAGCCGGGCUGGGUCGGCAAUCAUCAAGAAGCGAACAAACACAUUACCGCAAAGCACCGCAAAGACAUCCAGAGGCUUGCCAAGCACGAAUUGGGCAGUUCAAAAAGAAACAGAGGGAUUAAAAGUAUUGUGCUCUGGUCGUAAUCGCAAGAUUAUCUUGAGCAGGCCUGAAAACGGCAACGCUCUGACGGCAUCCAUGAUUGAACAGCUGACGACCUUUUUUGACCAAUCCGCCACUGAUGGCUCCAUUCGCCGCAUCGUCAUUACUGCUCAAGGCAAGUUCUUUUGCACUGGUAUGGACUUGAGCCAGCAAGGCCCCGUCGCAAAGGAUCAAUCGGCGAGCGACAAUCAGUUCAAUCGUCUGACCCGCCUGUUUGAGGCAAUUGAUCGAGCGCCCCAAGUCACCGUGGCUGCCAUCAACGGGCCCGCAUUUGGGGGCGGGAUCGGUCUGGCAUUUGCCUGCGAUAUUCGCAUCGGUGUCUCUGCCGCUGCGCUGACUCUCAGCGAGGUCAAGCUUGGACUGUGUCCAGCAACCAUUUCCAAGUAUGUCAUUAGGGAAUGGGGCUUGGCCUUUGCUCGGGAAGCCAUGUUGAGUGGCCGCACCAUUCCAUUAUCCGAACUGCGGUCCCUCGGGAUUGUAGCGGCCACGUGCGAGUCUACAUCUGACUUGGAGAAGCUCAUUGAUGAGUAUUUGCUACGACUGAGGGUUGCGGCGCCGAGAGCCUCUUCAUUAUGCAAAGACCUCAUCAGAGCUAGCCCAUUGGGUUUGAGUCCGACUACCCAGCAGGAAGCGAUUCGCUCUGCAUUCGACGAGAUGAUGAAACCAGGAGGCGAAUCAGAGCAUGGAUUGAAAGAGUUUAGAGCCGGGAGGAGACAUGUCAACUGGGAUUCGUACAACCUAGAGUCAAAGUCUAAGCUAUAA